AUGCCGUCUCAUUCUUCUGACAAUUUUUCAGCAUUCCCGGAAAAUUCUUCUCUUGUUCUCUAUGAUAUUGCCGUCUCCACAAUUUUGAUAGAAUUCAGUAGCUUUGCUUAUGGGCAAGAGCUGCCUGUUCGGCUUGGAUUUCUUCUUAGAGAUGGUUCAGCCCAUCAGGGUACCGUGACGUCAAUGGAACCAUAUGUAGGCAGUUUUAUACUACACUCUGAGGAAGACAAGAAAGGGAAAUUGAAGCUUGUUCUUGUUGUUAAUGUCCAAGGGCACUCUCGUCUUCGGCCGAAACUAGAUGAGAUUUUGCCUCAAGCAGCUGGCGUUGUGUUUGUGGUGGAUUCCGUGGAAUUUUUACCAAACUGCCGUCAUGCUUCAGAGUACUUGUAUGAGAUCUUGACAAAGGCAAGUGUGGUCAAGAAAAAAGUUCCAGUACUCCUCCUUUGCAACAAAGUAAUUGUUGCUGAAGCUUCUGGUCUGACUGGUGAAAUUUCUCAGCUGGAGAAGUUCAGUAGGGAGAUUGUGAAACCUUGA